AUGCCUGAGGGCACGGGGCCGCAGAGCCUGAGGAGACACUCCGGGAAGGGCUACGGCGGUGCCGGCGGUGGUGCCGGCGGAUAUGGGGGCUAUGGUGGCCAUGGUGGUCAACCAGGCGACCCUAGGGGCUACGGUGGAGCUGGUGGUUGGAACCAAGGGGGCGGAUGGCAGCAGGGCGGACCAG